AUGGAUGACCUCAUAACUGGUGCAGACACAGUCAACGAGUGCUAUGAACUUCAAAGGAAAUUGAGACAAGUGAUGGAGAAGGGCGGCAUGCAUCUGCGAAAAUGGGUUGCAAAUGACGAACGUAUUUUAGCCGACAUUCAGGACGACGGUGCUACGGAGAAAAUUUGCAUUGAGGAAAAUGAAUCGAUCGAAACCUUAGGACUUCAAUGGGAUCCGAAGAAGGAUACGUUUACGUUCUCGGCAGAAAACCCAAUGCUAACACGCAUAACAAAGCGGGGAACGGCUAGCAGCAGCGAAGACGUCUGGAAUGCGAGAAGAGUCAAGGGCGGUCAGGUCGAACGGGAGGUUAUGGACCUUGGACUUCGCAAAACGGAGAGGCCGUGA